AUGGAAUUCGAAGUCUCGCCCCCUGAUCUCGGUUUAGAGCUAGCUGUCAGAGCUCUUAACAACAACAUCGUUGGCAUUCGUCUAGGUCAAGGAGCAGACCAUUGGAGAUGUAAGUUAACUGGCGAUGACAUGUACACUAUUAGCUCACUUAGACAGAUUAUUGACAAACAUCCUGUUAACAUUCUUGGCACUUCGAUAAUUCAAUGGAGUAAGGUGGUCCCAAUCAAGGUGUUAAGCUUUAUUUGGAGAGUUGUACAAGGUAGAAUACCCGCAGUUGUUGCUUUAGAGACUAGGGGUAUUCAGGUCAAUUCACUACUAUGCAGUUCUUGUAUCGGACAACCGGAAAGUGCAAACCAUGUUCUUAUUGAUUGCCCGUUCGCCUGUAUGAUCAGUAACAAUAUCAUGAGAUGGUGUGUAGUAAAGCUCGGUCAAAUCUCUAUAAAGAAUACCGGAGACCUUCUUCACUCUGUUGCCACAUGGGGAAGUUGUCCAAAGAAAACGAAAAUGCUUGCUUUCAUCUGCUACAGAAUGUUAUGGAAUCUUUGGAGGUUCAGGAACAAACGAUUAUUUCAAAUGGAGAGUAUUUCAUCGCUAUACUCUCUUUGUGUCAUGUGUCAAAAGAUAGACUCACACUAUUUAUCAACAUCUGCUUCUUUGACUAGUACAACCUCUUUCAUCACAUCAAAAAUCGUCCAAGGAUUAAGCUACUUGUUGGAGGUUGAAGGAUGUUUAAAUUUAUAA